CUUUCCCUCUUGUUAAAAAAAAAAACCUACCGAUCCCUAAAACCGAGCUUCUUCACGUUGGGUUCUUCUUUGUUUCCUUGCUUCAGCGUCUGGUUCUCUUCACGUUGGCCUCUUCUUUGUUUCCUUGCUUCAGCGUCUUGUUGCCUUCACGUAGGGUAACUUUUUCUACUGAGUAGCUUCCUCAUCGUCGCUCCACACCUUGUUUCUCUGUUCUCUUGUGCACUUCAGAUCUUCAGUGUUCACUGUUUGAGUUUUCCUUGCAGAACCUCCACGUUGAUUUGAGAUUUAAGGUGAAGCUUGGAAUUUGUUUCCACAAAAUAAAAAAUAGAUCUCAAAAGAACUCCAUCAAAGCCAGCAACUUGGGUGCCAAUAACUGAACAAAAGUAGCAAUGGAUAAGUCAUGGAUUUUGUUGCCACGAAAUUCACCUGCAUAUCAGGAAGGGGUUAAGGGAUUUUUAGACUUUGCCUUUGAGCGUAGUUCUGUUGAUGGUGCAAUAUUAUGCCCUUGUGGUCUAUGCAAUUUUAGAAAGUGGCUGACUAGAGAUGUAGUGUAUGAGCACUUAAUUAUUAAGCAAUUCCCGAGAAAUUACACCUUUUGGUUUGAUCAUGGCGAGUCCCAUGAAGUGGAAACUGAAAACAAUUGUACUGCCAAUUUGUCAAGUUUAGGACCAAACAUUGUGAAUGAUGAAGAUCCUAUCCGAAACAUGGUCAAUGAAGCUUUUGGGGUCGAUAUGCAUCGUGACAAUGAUUCAAAUGAAGGCGUCGGCCAAGGUGAAGGACCAAUGCCAAAUGUUGGGCCACAAGGAAAUCAAGCUAGAGAGUUUUAUGAUUUGGCAAAAGAUGGGGAACAACCAUUGUACGAAGGGUGCACACGGUAUUCUAAACUUUCUUUUAUAGUCAAGCUGUAUCAUAUCAAAUGCCUAUGUAAGAUGACUGAUAAGGCAAUGACAAUGAUAAUAGAGCUACUACAUGAUGCAUUUGAACAUGCACAAAUUCCAAGUUCAUUUUACGAGGCAAAGAAAUAUAUAACCAAACUUGGUUUGGGCUAUGAAAAGAUACAUGCAUGUCCAAGAAAUUGCAUGUUGUACUGGGGUGAGGAUGAAAACAGGGAACAAUGCAAAACUUGUACCAUGUCUAGAUGGAGAGAACCGAGUGGAAAUGGUGAGAACCCGGUGUCAGAAGUUGACAAGUUCAAGAAGAAAGUGCCUCGAAAAGUUCUUCGUUACUUUCCUCUGAAGCCUCGAUUGCAAAGAUUGUUUUUGUCUUCAAAGACUGCUAAUGAUAUGAGAUGGCAUGCUGUGUCUGCUAAUAAUGAUGGCAUGAUUAGGCAUCCUAGAGACCCCGUAUAUUACCGAUGGAUGUACCCUGUAGAAAGGUACUUAGGAUUGCUAAAAUCAUACGUGCACAACAGGGCACAACCCACAGGCUCCAUUGCAGAAGGAUUGCUAGUUACUGAUUUAGGCUCUCCAAACGAACCAAGGCCAUCUUCGUCCGCUAGUCAUAAUCCCGGAAACAAUGGACCGUCUUCUUAGCUUCAUGUAGGAUUGGGGGAAUGAUUUAAGACUGAGCUUUUUUUGGAUUAUUCUACUGAACUUGUCACUUUAGUAGUUGGAUCUAGUGUUUCUUAUGAUGAUGUUAAUGUUGGACCAUUUACAUGUUUGUACUGAAUUUAACACUUUAGUAGUUGGAUUUAUGUUGAAUGCAAAUGAAUGAACUUAUUUUUACCUA